CAUGUUGAUCAACUCAUCAACAUAUGUACUUGGAUUACCGGCUAACAAUAACAGACUGCCAGAACCGAGUUGCCCUGGAAGUGGACGCCACUAGGCCCUGCCCUGCCCUGGUCUGACAAAUUGGUCGCCCUCUGCGAUGCCGUCGCCGCCCUAUAAAAAUAGGACGAUCUCUACAAUGGCAGCAUCGAUGUCUACCCCACGUAUCGUCGAGUAUUAUGAAGAUAAGACGCUGUUUAUCACGGGUGCAACUGGCUUCAUCGGAAAAGUCCUGAUUGAGAAACUGCUGAGAUGCUGUCCGGGAAUACGCUGUAUUUAUCUCCUUCUUAGACCAAAGAAAGGCAAAUGUGUCCAGGAAAGACUAACUGAUAUGUUAAAUUUUAGGUUGUUUGAUCGCCUAAAGGAUGAAAAGCCAGAAUGCUUCAAGAAGUUAAUAGCUAUAAAGGGUGAUGUAUUAGAGACGAAUCUUGGCAUAUCUCAGGCAGAUAUCCAGACCUUGUGUUCAGAAGUCAAUGUUGUCUUCCACUCAGCUGCCACAGUAAAAUUUGACGACUCUCUCAGGGUAUCAGCAGAGAUGAAUCUGCUGGGAGUACGCAAGAUCCUCAAACUGUGUCACCAGAUGACUAACCUUGAUGUUCUUGUACAUGUCUCGACUGCCUAUGCAAAUUGUGAUCAGAAAUCCAUCAAAGAAGUCAUAUAUCCACCGCCUAUUGACCCACAGAAGCUCAUCGAUGCUUUAGAUUGGAUGGAUGACGAAGUGGUUGAAGCAUUGACACCCUACCUCAUCCGAGGCAAGCCAAACACUUAUACAUUCACAAAACACUUAGCUGAGAAUCUACUUGUCGAUGAGGCUGGUGAUAUACCGGUGGCAAUCUUAAGACCGUCCAUAGUUGGAGCAGCGUGGAAGGAGCCCCUCUCGGGCUGGGUAGAUAACUUAAAUGGUCCCAGUGGUCUGGGAAUUGCAAUGGGUAAAGGUAUCAUGCAGUAUUUAUUCUGUGAUGAAAAGGCAGUCGCUGACAUUGUUCCCGUUGAUCUUCCCGUUAAUAUGCUGAUAGCGAUUGGCUGGUACACUGCCGUUCACAAGCCAAAGGAAAUCCAUAUAUACAACUGUACUACUGGAACACUUAACCCCAUUUCUUGGGGGUCUAUAGUGAAAUACUCUCUUAGCUAUAUGCACCAAAUGCCUUAUGAGCACGCAUUCCGGAUACCAUAUUGUCAAACGACAGAUAAAUGGUACCUGUUUGAGGUGUACAAGUUUGUCUACCAUAUGCUACCAGCUUAUGGUCUUGAUUUGAUCUCAAGGUGUAUGGGAAAGAAACCGAUGAUGGUGUGGGUAUACAGUAAACUCCAUCGGAGUAUCGACACGCUGGCGUACUUCACGACGCGGAGUUGGGAAUGGACCAAUCACAACUCACACCUCCUCGAUAGUAAUAUGACUGCUGACGAACAGAAGAUGUUUUACUUUGAUGUGAAGAAUCUACAGUGGCCUCAUUAUAUGGAAAACUACUGUUUAGGUGGGAAGCUCUAUUUGCUGAAAGAGAAAUUAGCGGACCUCCAAUCAGCAAAAGAUCAUUAUAAACUAUUGCGUCAAAUCAAGUACACGGUCAACUUGAUUCUAACGGUGAUCGUGUGGAGAUUCGUCAUGCACAAAUCAAAACUUGCCAGAGACUUGUGGAAGCAGCUGUUGGCCGUAUUAAUGCGUCCGAUGAAAGGCAUCUGGAAUGCGGUGGUGCUGGGGAGAUAGUGACAACGCGGCAUUGGGAGAUUCAUUGGGAAGACUGGGAGCGAGGGGGGUAGGUAGGGUUUCCAACAGGUGACGUGCCCCUUUCAAAAGAGGACUGGGAGGUCAGGGUUUCUUCCGGGUUGGGGCACAUCCCCCUGAAAAAAUUCAAAGGGGAUGAUAAUUGAUAUCCCCCUGAAAUUUGACAGGAAAAAUUUGCGAUCUGAAUUGAUAUCUUCAGGAUUUGUGAAGUAAAAGCACAAAUGUACAGUUGUACACUAGUUUGCUUCCAAAGUGGUAGUUUCCAUUCAAUUUGACCUCUCUAAUCAGGACACCUCUCUAUUAAGGACAGCACUUGUCCGUCCAGAGGGUGUCCUUGAGAGAGAGGUUCUACUGUAUUUGUAAGCCAAUCUAAGGAGUUUUAGGAGUAAAAAAAGUCUCGGGACAGGUUAUUUAUCAUAAAAAAAAGAGAAAAUAUUUUUUGGUGUCCCUGCAAAUUUAGUCUCUGGUAGAAACGAGUUGGUAUCAAUCAUUUGCCAGAUAUAAGAUCAAUUUGGGGAUUUGUUUUUAGGAGAAAAAACAUUUCAGGACAGGUUUUUGCCUGAUUUUGAACCCCAAAAAAAUGAAUGAUGCCAAAAGUUUUUCAAAAUUAAAUGGACAGUUCAAAAAUGCGAACCCCU